GUUAGUAGUAAAAACCAUGCAAAGAUGGCGGAGCUACAAAUGCUGCUGGAGGAGGAAAUUCCUGCGGGACGAAGAGCUCUACUGGACAGUUUCACCAACCUGGAAAGAGUAGCGGAGUACUGCGAAAGCAACUAUGUCCAGUCAGCUGACAAGGAGCGAGCGCUGGAGGAGACCAAGAGCUACACCACGCAGUCUCUGGCCAGCGUGGCCUACCUCAUCAACACGCUGGCCAACAACGUGCUGCAGAUGCUGGACAUCCAGGCCUCGCAGCUCCGCCGCAUGGAGAGCUCCGUCAACCACAUCUCGCAGACGGUUGACAUCCACAAAGAGAAGGUGGCGAGGCGGGAGAUCGGCAUCCUGACCACCAAUAAGAACACGGCCCGCUCGCAUAAGAUCGUCGCUCCGUCGAACACGGAGAGACCGGUGCGCUACAUCAGGAAGCCCAUCGACUACAACGUGCUGGACGACAUCGGACACGGAGUCAAGGUGAAUGGCCAGCAGAACAUGAAGCUAGGAGGGGGCCUGUCCCGAUCCAACCCCCCCACCCAGAAACCACCCAGCCCUCCGAGGGCAGGAAAGGGCAUCUUAGGGAAGAACUCCCCCUACAGGACCCUGGAGCCGGUGCGCCCCCCGGUGGUGCCCAACGAUUACGUGUCCAGCCCCACCAGGAACAGUCCGGCCGUGGGACAGCUGCCCAGUCCGGGCCGCACCGCCACGCUCAACCACAGACCCCGAACCUACAGUGGUAGCAGCGGGGGCAGCCAUCCCAGCAGCAGCAGUCGGAGCAGCAGCAGGGAGAACAGCGGCAGCGGCAGCGUGGGCAUUCCCAUCGCCGUGCCAACGCCUUCCCCACCAUCCACCUUCCCAGGUAACAUCGUCCCUCAGUUCUUCAGCAUGAACCGGCCGCAGCCCCGACAGCAGCCUCUACAGUUGGGGGGGUCCCUGCCGUACCGACGGCCCCCCUCUGUGACCGGCCAGCCAAUCGGAGCAGAGAACCAGAUCAACGGUGGCCCCUACUACAACCAAAGCCCAGCCUCCCCUCCGCCCCCCUCCCUCCUCCAGUUCAGUCCUCAGCUUCCUCUGAUGGGUUUCGUUGCUCGAGUUCAGGAGUCCAUCUCAGACACCCCUGCCCCCCCUCACCCGGCUGCCGAGAGCCAAUCAGGGCCCGAGGAGCCUCUGCUUACUCCGAGUCCCCAGCCGCUGGAGGACGGGCGAGAAGAAGAGGACUCGGCCGUGGUGGAGUACAGCGACCCGUACGCGGAGGAGGACCCACCGUGGGCCCCAAGGAGCUACCUGGAGAAAGUGGUGGCCAUCUACGACUACGCGGCCGACAAAGAGGACGAGCUGUCGUUCCAGGAAGGGUCGAUCAUCUACGUCAUCAAAAAGAACGAGGACGGCUGGUACGAAGGCGUGAUGAACGCCACCACUGGCCUCUUCCCGGGAAACUACGUGGAGUCCAUCAUGCACUACGCCGACUGAAGACGAAAGAGAGGGGGACUCUUGUUUGUGCGUCUUUGUCUCCGGACGCGCGUUGUCUCGCUGCGGUUCAGCGUCUCGGAUCUGAACCGGAAGAGGGAAGAUGACUCGCCUCCGUUUGUUUAUUUCCUUUAGAGUCCCACAAAUCAACCGGAGCAUCACAGUUUGACUAAUAUUUUAGUGUGAGUGUAGUUCAUUGGAUAGAAUCAGAACCUGUAAGUGAGCCUUGUUUAGACUUGUUCUUACAUCCGUCUCUUUCUACAUUACAUUACAUUACAUUAUUACAUGUUGUUUAGCUGACGCUUUUAUCCAAAGCGACUUACAAUUAAGUGCUUUCAACUGUGAAGGUUCAAACUCCAGACAACAAGUAGUAAGUGCAAGUACAUUUGCUUUAAAUAAGCUAAGCUGCGAAGAGACAUACGAAAGUGGAGGUUCAAGAAUUUUUAUCCGAGGUGUAGUCGGAAGAGAUGUGUAGGCUUUCGGCCAUCCUGAUGUCGAUGGGGAGCUCGUUCCA